UUUCAUUCUCGCUUUUCCAUGCCCAAUUACACGCAAGUAUCCCAAACCGAGUUUAAGCCCUCUGAGAUCUCCUUUGGAGCCGGAGCUCUUUCCGGUAGUUAUGAUAAGAUUGAGGCUCAUUGGCCUGUAGAAGCAUGUCGAGAAGCAUUGCAGUCAGGUAUCAAUACUUUUGAUACAUCUCCAUAUUAUGGACACAGCGAGUUUCUCUUGGGAGAUGCUUUGAAUGAACUCAAGGAGGAAUUCCCUCGUUCAUCUUAUUACAUUGCCACAAAAGUUGGACGAUAUGGGUAUUUUGCAAAGGACUUUGACUACAGCUCUGAGCGUGUAAAGAAGAGUGUAGAAGAAAGUAUGCGUAGAAUGCAUACGGACUAUCUCGACAUCGUAUUCUGUCACGAUGUUGAAUUUGUAGACUUUGACAAAGUUGUUGGACCAGGUGGUGCUUUGGAGGCCCUGUUUGAACUUAAGAAGCAAAAUAAGAUCAAUUACGUCGGAUGUACAGGCUAUCCUUUGCCUGUCCUAUUGAAGAUCGCCAAACAUCAACACGCCAAGGGACAGCCAUUGGACAUAAUAUUGUCUUAUUGCCAUUAUUCCCUCAACGACACAACCUUGUCCGAUUAUGCAGAUGCUUUCCGUGCUGCUGGUGUUCGCUAUCUUCUCAACGCAUCCCCAUUGAGUAUGGGACUUUUCCGCGAGUCCGGUCCUCCAGAAUGGCAUCCAGCUCAUCCUGAACUCAGGGAAGCUGUUCACAAGUGCGCUUUGCUUGCCAAAGAAAAUGGACUCAACAUUUCUGAAAUUGCCUCUCGCUUCUCGUUCUCUGGUCGUCAGCAAUUUAAUCUUGAUACAACUGUAAUUGGCAUCGGAAAGCGAGAAGAAGCUAAGGCUGCAGUAGCUGCCAUUAAGCGCAUGAAAGAUAUUGAGCAAGGAAAAGAAAAAUUAUCUGAGACUGAACAAAAAGUUCUUGAUCAGAUCCAUGCUAUUCUCAAGCCAUACAAGAAUUUCACCUGGCAGAGUCCUUCUAACAAAGAGUUGGGCUUAUAAAAAAUUGCUUUUACUAUCUUCUUUUUUUUGUACUUUUAGCUUUAAUAUUGAUUUAUUGAUUUAUCUAUUGAUUUUUGGUUUGAAUUUCUUUAAUUUGGCUAUUUAUCUUUAUAAUAUAUACAUAUACACAU